AAGUGUACAGCAUGACAGCUGGAAUCUUUCAAGACCUGACACACCAUGCUGGGAACUCUGGUUCUACUGUGGCUCGGGAUCUUCAUCUUGUACUUUCUCGUCAAGUUGCAGCGACCCAAAAACUUCCCUCCUGGACCAGUACCCCUGCCCCUCUUUGGCAACCUGCUUCAAUUUGACUCGGAGAACCCACUCAAGGAGCUAGACAGGCUUUCCCGGCGUUAUGGAUCAGUGUUCAGUGUGUAUCUCGGUGGACGUCCAGUGGUUGUCUUGACAGGUCAGGAAGUCAUCAGGGAGGCUCUGGUCACCCAUGGAGCUGAAUUUGCUGGACGAGCCAAUCACACAAUGAUCAGUCACAUAACUGCAGGAAAAGGUUUGAUUAUGGUAGAUUAUAGCACCAGAUGGCGUGACCAUCGGCGCUUUACUCUGACCACGCUGAGGAACUUUGGCCUGGGAAAACAAAGCAUGGAAGAGAGGAUCCUGGAGGAGGCCAAACACGUCUGCACGAGUCUGGAGCAACAUGCAGGGAACUCCAUGAACCCUCAGCAUCUCUUCCAUCACGCUGCCUCUAACAUCAUCUGUUCCCUUAUUUUUGGCUCUCGGUUUGAUUAUGAAGACAAGUACUUCCAGACACUCAUUAACUCAAUAGAGGAAUUUAUCAAGCUCAUGCUCGGGCCCUGGGCCAUGAUCUAUGACAUUGCCCCAGCUUUGAGGUUCCUUCCCCUGCCUUUUCGCAGCUCCUUUCACCACUACGAGCUACUCAAAGAACACAUCCGGAAAGUCGUUGCGGAGCACAAGAGAUCUCAGGUUGCUGGGGAGCCCAGAGACCUGAUUGACAGUUACCUGGAGGAGAUGGAGAAGGUGAGAGAAAAAAAAAAAGAAGCCGAAGGUUCAUCGUUUGAUGAUGCUAAUUUGGUGAUAUUACUGAUCGACCUGUUCAUUGCUGGAACCGACACAACUUCAAACACACUCCGAACACUAACUCUGUACCUAAUGACUCACACCCACAUUCAGGAGCACUGUCAGCAAGAGAUUGACAUGGUGCUGGGCUCCCGUGAACAUGUUUCAUACGAGGACAGACACGCUAUGCCGUAUGUUCAGGCUGUGAUCCAUGAAGCUCAACGUGUCGGUGACGUUGUACCUCUAAGUGUAUUCCACACAACCACAGCCAACACUCAGAUCCGGGGCUACAGCAUCCCAAAGGGUACUCUGAUUGUCCCCUAUCUGUCCUCUGCACUGAGAGAGAAAGAUCAAUGGAAAUUCCCUGAUGAGUUUAACCCACAAAACUUCCUGAAUGAUAAGGGGGAGUUUGUGAAGCCAGAUGCCUUCAUACCCUUCUCUGCAGGGCCUCGUGUAUGUUUGGGUGAGGGGCUUGCUCGCAUGGAGCUCUUCCUUAUUUUAGUCACCAUCCUGCGGAGAUUCCGACUGGUAUGGCCCGAAGAUGGAGGUGUGCCAGACCACAGCCUGAUAUUUGGGAUGACACAAUCAGCGAGACCAUACCGUCUGGGAAUUCGAUCGAGAACAUAGGCAGUUGUGAUUGUUCUCGUUCAAAUCGUCCACGCUAAGCAAAUUCACAGUCUGCAAUCUAUAAUAACUGUCUGACCCAGUACCAAGAAGCAAAUGUUGAUCUUUUCUGGGCAAUUAAUUUUGGGUUGUCUCCUCGCUGGAUUAAGAUAAGAGUUUUAUUGUACAUGGUCUAAUAAACAAAGCUCGUCCUGUCUUAA